AGAGAGAGAGAGAGAGAGAGAGAGAGAGAGAGAGAGAAGGAGCGGGCUGAGCGUCGGUGUGAAGGAGGUGAGUCUGCAGGCAGCAACAGAGGAGGGAGAGAGAACCGCGUCUCUAAGCAGGAGCUGCCCCGACAGGCGCUGUCCGCUCAGCACCACCGCAGUCACCUUGCUGUGAAAGUCAUAAACCAGUGCUCGGGAGUGAUCUGAUCAAUCACCGCAACUUGAGGGGUUGAGUCCAAUGAGCUGGGUUUCUUCGGCGGGCGAGGGGGGGGGCGAUUUCGCCAGCGUUGGUCCUUUUAUCUCGACAUCUUGGAUUUACCGACGAUGUGACGUCCAUUCUUGAUGUGAUGCCAUUGGCUGCAAUCGUUUUUUUGGGGGGGAUUCAGUGAGUCUGGCAGCUAAUAACGCGUUUAAUGAUCCUCCAGUUGCAUGGCAGGUGCGUGUAGAAAAUACAGGGGUUUCUAGAGAGAGAGGGAGAGAGAGAGAGGGAGAGAGGGAUGUAGCUUGACGCGUGUGGAGCAUUUCUUUUCAUAGUUGGUGAGAAACGACAGGUUGCUGUGCGCUCUGCCUGCCUUAUAUAAUUGUUUCCUUCAGUCUAAUCACUGCUGUGCAUGGCCGCACGGUGCGCCUAGACUUAACUUUGCGAUGAAGGGAACUUAUUGGAGAAAUGCCUAGGGGACGCAAUGGGCCUGAGCGACGACAAGGAUCGCAUUGUGAUAAACGUGGGAGGGAUCAGACAUCAGACAUACCGCAGCACCCUGCGCACUCUACCUGGCACUCGCUUGUCCUGGUUGGCCGAGCCUGAUGCACCCAACCACUUUGACUAUGAUGCCAAGAUCGAGGAAUUUUUCUUCGACCGCCACCCUGGCGUUUUUGCACACAUCCUUAAUUACUACAGGACAGGUAAACUGCACUGCCCGGCUGAUGUCUGCGGGCCCCUCUAUGAGGAGGAACUGGCCUUCUGGGGCAUUGAUGAGACAGACGUGGAGCCAUGCUGCUGGAUGACCUAUCGUCAGCACCGGGAGGCAGAGGAGGCCCUUGAUAGUUUCGGCGGGGGGGGCCUGUUAGACCUGACGACCGAUGAUCCGGAGCCAGAGCCGGAGCAUGCUGAGGAUGAUGUGGAUGAGAUGACAAGGAGGCUGGCGCAGGGAGACUGUCCUGAUGCCAGAAGUGGAAGCCUGUGGAGCCGGUGGCAGAAAUAUGUUUGGGCUCUGUUUGAGGACCCUUACUCCUCUAAAUAUGCAAGGUGGGUGGCUCUGGCCUCGCUGUUCUUUAUUCUGGUGUCCAUCACCACCUUCUGUCUGGAGACCCACGAGGCCUUCAACCCCAUCAUCAACCGCACUGAGCUGGAGGUGGUGGACAACGUCACAGUGGAGCACACCUACCAGGAGACUGAGACUGCGCUCUACCUCACCUACAUUGAAGGCGUUUGUGUGGUGUGGUUCACUUUUGAAUUUUUAAUGCGAAUAACUUUCUGCCCGAAUAAAUUUGACUUCAUUCGGAACGCCCUAAACAUCAUCGACUUUGUGGCCAUACUGCCCUUCUACCUGGAGGUGGGCCUCAGCGGGCUCUCUUCCAAGGCAGCUAAGGACGUGCUGGGUUUCCUGAGAGUUGUCCGCUUUGUCCGGAUCCUGCGUAUCUUCAAGCUGACCCGUCACUUCGUGGGACUGAGGGUGCUGGGCCACACGUUGAGGGCCAGCACCAACGAGUUCCUGCUCCUCAUCAUCUUCCUCGCUCUCGGUGUCCUCAUCUUUGCUACUAUGAUCUACUACGCUGAACGGAUUGGAGCUAACCCCAACGACCCUCGAGCCAGCGAUCACACGCACUUCAAGAACAUCCCGAUCGGAUUCUGGUGGGCCGUGGUGACCAUGACGACCCUCGGAUAUGGAGACAUGUACCCUCAGACGACCUCCGGUAUGCUGGUUGGAGCUCUGUGCGCCCUGGCAGGUGUGCUGACCAUCGCCAUGCCCGUCCCUGUGAUUGUCAACAACUUUGGAAUGUAUUACUCACUGGCGAUGGCAAAGCAGAAACUACCAAAGAAAAAAAAUAGGCAUAUCCCUCGGGCACCCCAACCAGGUUCGCCAAACUUCUGUAAGUCAAGCAUCAGCUCCCAACCUCAGAGCCCCAUCGCCCAUGACGACGUUUUCGAGAUAAAAUUUCAAGAUUCCAAGCUGAACGGUGAGGCAGCUAAUGCGGCUCUGGCCAACGAAGAUUGCCCUCAUAUAGACCAGGCCAUAUCUCCGGAGGAAAUCUUCAGCCCCAGCGAGAGAGAGCGGCCCUGCUUCCUGGUUACCACUGCUGAACGCCCCAACCACACAGGGGGCAGAGUGAGGAGGGGUUAUGAAAAGCCUUGGAGCCUUAACAGCAUGUCUGGCAUGAGCGGGGAUGCCUCUGGAGUGUCCUCAGUGUCCGCCCUGCCGUGCAGCCCACCCUGUCUAAUGCAGCACUCACAUUCUCCCAUCCCAUCCAUUAUGUAGCAUGGUUGAGUAGCAGACACAAUGCCAUUGGAAGGCCAGUCCACACUCCUCCUUCUUAUC